AUGCCCCCAGGUCCCGAGGUCCCGGUGCAGGUGUGGGUGGAUGGCCAACUCUUCCAGGCUGAGCAGUCGCUGCUGGUGGAGCACUGCGGCUUCUUCCGUGGGCUUUUCCGUUCUGGCAUGCGGGAGGCGCGCGCGUGCUACCUGGAUGAAGAGGAGGACGCGUGGCGCACGCUGGCCGCACUGCCCUUGGAGGCCAGCACGCUGCUGGCAGGCGUGGCCACUCUGGGCAACAAGCUCUACAUUGUGGGUGGUGUGUGUGGCGCCAGCAAGGAGGUAGUGGAGCUGGGUUUCUGUUACGACCCGGAAGGUGGUACCUGGUGCGAGUUCCCCAGCCCACACCAGCCACGCUAUGAUAUGGCGCUGGCCGGUUUUGAAGGUCGCCUCUAUGCCAUUGGUGGCGAAUUCCAGAGGACGCCCAUGAGCUCCGUGGAGUGCUACGAUCCCGCUACAGGCUGCUGGAGCUUCGUGGCCGACUUGCCACAGCCAGCUACAGGGGUUCCCUGUGCCCAGGCGCGUGGUCGCCUCUUCGUGUGCCUGUGGAGGCCGGCAGAUAUCACUGCCGUCGUUGAGUAUGUGGUACAGAUGGACAAAUGGCUGCCUGUAGCUGAACUGUGUCGUUCACAGAGCUACGGCCACUUUAUGGUGGCCCAUCGUGACAGUCUCUACGUGGUGCGUAAUGGGCCUUCUGAUGAUUUCCUGCACUGUGCCAUCGAUUGCCUCAACCUGGUCACGGGUCAGUGGACCUCGCUACCUGGCCAAUUUGUCAACAGCAAGGGAGCAUUGUUCACAUCCGUGGUGCGCGGGGACACCGUCUACACUGUCAACCGUGUAUCCACGUUGGUCUAUGCCAUUGAAGAUGGCACCUGGCGACUGCUCAAGGAGAAGACUGGGUUUCCACGGCCUGGCUCUUUACAGACCUUUCUCCUGCGGCUGCCUCCUGGCACUACUGGGCCUGUGGCCACCGCGUUGCCAGAGUUGUGA